ACUUUCCUAGGUAACACCCACAUCUGAUGCUGAGCUUCCAUGAUUAAAAGAACGGAAAUCCUGUGAAUAAAAGGGGCAGGCUAGGAAUAGCAGGAUGGGGAGGAAAGGAGUAGACAAUGCUGGAUUCAAGGAGAGGAGCCAGUACACCAGUGCCAGACUGAAGGGAAGGAGCCGGUACACCUGUGCAAGACUGAAGGGGAGGAGCCGGUACACUUGUGCAAGACUGGAGGGGCGGAGUCAGUACACCUGUGCAAGACUGAAGGGGAGGAGCCGGUACACCUGUGCAAGACUGGAGGGGAGGAGCCGGUACACCUGUGCAAGACUGGAGGGGAGGAGCCGGUACACCUGUGCAAGACUGAAGGGGAGGAGCUGAUACACCCGUGGAAGACUGAAGGGGAGGAGCCGGUACACCCCAUGCAAGACUGAAGGG